UUUUCACUUCGGCUGAACCGAAGGUGUUUGUUUGUUAGCUACCUAGUAAGCCAACGAAGCUAGCUAGUUGAGCUAGCUAGCUUGCUGGCUGGCUAAAUCUGUCACAAUGGCUCACUGUACGAAAUUCGAAAAAGAAAUGGAUAAAGAGGCGAAGAGGCUAAUAAAGCACCUCUGCGGAUUUGAGGACGAAGAGGACCAGAAUUUUCAGAUGGCGCUGAAAUUCGCCUGGUCUAACUUUAGGUUUCAUCGUUACCUCGAUGUCAACAGUCACAAAGUACAGCGUACCGUAAACGGGAUUUAUGAAAAGCUAAUGGUCCACUCAGACCUGAGCAAGGCAGAGAGCUGGAUGAGGCUGACUGAGGAGUUUCUGAACUCACCUCUGCCAAACGUAGAUGGAACUAAGACAGAUGUUCAUCACAGCAUACUGGCACUUUUGCUUUUCCUCUCAGACUCUCCAUCCAACACAAACUACAGUGAGAGACCCAGGAUGAAAGAGUUGGAAAAAGAAGAUAACUUUGACUGGGUUAAAUAUCUGAUGGAGGGAGAGGACAUUGACACUGGGCCAUAUCCAGACACACCUGAGUGGUCCGAGGAAGAGAGCGAGGAGGAGGACAGUCAGCAGCCGUUCAGCAGAGAGGAUUCUGGGAUACAAGUGGACAGGACACCACUGGAGGACCAGGAACACUCCAAGAACACUGUUCAGGUCACAUGGCGAGUAGGUGAGCUGGAUUCCCGGGCCUGGUUGGAACAGCAUGUGGUGACGCCAUACUGGGUGGCCCAUGCCCCACGCUUCUCCCACAGCCUGCAUCUGCACUCCAACCUGCUCAAUGUUUGGGACCAGCACUUAUAUAACACUGAUCCAUUGUACCUUCCUGAAGAGAAGGCCUUUGUCACUGAGACACAAGUGAUACGAGAGAUUCUGUGGCUUCUCUCUGGAGUGAAGAAAUCAUUUAUAUUCCAGCAGCAUGAUGGCAAGGUUUCGGUGAGGGAUGACGUGGUGGUCACUCACCUGACCAGUAACUGCCUUCGCUCAGUGCUGGAGCACAUUGCAGCGUACGGCCAGGCCGUGUUCCGGCUACAGAGGUUCAUCGAUGAGGUGACGGGGUACAGCACGGAGCCGUGUCCACCUGGUGCUAGCUCUUCCACUAAGAAAGGCUCGGAGCCACCUUUCAGGACCUACCAGGCCUUUGUGUGGGCGCUGUACAAGUACUUCAUUAGCUUCAAAGAGGAGCUUACCUCUGUUGAGAGGGGAAUCAUUGGCAAAGACGAGACAGUGACCCUGUCGGCUGUGCUGGAGCAUCUCACCCCUCAUCUGGCCCAGAUCAAAGUCCUGCACCGGGUUUUCUGCACGGGCGUGGCCGAGGUCCCUCCCGGCACCCCCAAUGUGGUGCGGGCCUCCCACCUGCUCAACACCCUCUACAAGUCCAUCAUUGAGUACGACAGUGCGGGGGAGGCGUCGGAGCAGGCGGUGGCUCUCCUCUUCUCUCUGUGGGUGGAGACCGUGAGGCCGUACCUGGAAAUUGUGGAUGAGUGGAUUGUUCAUGGUCACCUGUUUGACCCAGCCAAAGAGUUCAUCAUUCAGAGGAACAAGGAUGUGGCAGUGAACCACAGAGACUUCUGGUACGCCACCUACACCCUGUACAGCGUGUCGGAAACGGUGGAAAACGAGGAGAAGCUCAGUGAUGCGGCCAGUGGCAGCUCGGCCAGCGACCAGGCCUCCAGCAGCAAGCAGCACACCAUGGUGUCCUUCCUCAAACCCGUGCUCAAGCAGAUCAUCAUGGCCGGCAAGUCCAUGCAGCUGCUGAAGAACCUGGAUGGCAAGGAGAGCAAGCAGCCCGACAGCUCCCCUAGAGACGGAGAGAGGAAGAGCCUGUACACGCUGUUCUUGGAGUCUGUACAAUCCCGGCUACGCCGCGGGGAGGAGUCACCGGCAGAUACUGUCUCCGAGCAACAGGCCACCAAGAGGAGCCUGGUCCGCAUGCAGUCCAUCGUGGCUCGGCACCUGGAGCUGGACGACAUCCAUGACCCCCUGCUGGCCAUCAACUUUGCUAGACUAUACCUGGAGCAGAGCGACUUCCAUGAGAAGUUCUCUGGCGCUGACGUGAUGGUGGACCGUUCCUCGGAGUCCGUGACGUGCCAGACCUUUGAGCUGACGCUGCGGUCCUGCCUGUACCCCCACAUUGAGAGGAGGUACAUUGAGUGCUGCGGCAACCUCAUGAGGACCCUCAAGAAGGACUACAGGUUACUGGAGUACCUGCAGGCCAUGCGUAACUACUUCCUGCUGGAGGCGGGCGACACCAUGUACGACUUCUACACGGCCAUCUUCGACAAGGUGCUGGAGAAAGAGAGCUGGCAACAGCUGUCCUUCCUCAAUGUGCAGCUGCAGGAGGCUGUGGGGCAGCGCUGCCCAGAGGACAGCAUUAGGUUGUCAAUAUUUCUGGAAACCAUAGACCCAGCAAAGAAAAAACACCCAGUGAAUAACCUUGAUGGCCUUACUCUUAGCUACAAGGUCCCGUGGCCAGUGGACAUUGUCAUCAGUUCAGAGUGUCAGAAGAUCUACAAUCAAGUCUUUCUGCUCCUGCUACAAAUCAAAUGGGCAAAGUAUAGUCUGGAUACACUAAGAUUCAGUGAUUUGACAGUGGCUGCAAGGAGACAGGAAGGAAGCAUGACUGAAGAAAGCACACAGAUCAAGCAGCAAAUUCACAGAAUGUUCCUGCUGAGAGUGAAGCUCAUGCACUUUGUGAACAGCCUACACAACUACAUUAUGACCAGGAUCCUGCACAGCACUGGUUUAGAGUUCCAGCACCAGGUGAAUGAGGCGAAAGACCUGGACCAACUCAUCAAAAUCCACUACAGAUACCUGUCCACCAUCCACGACCGCUGUCUGCUCAGAGAGAAGGUGAGCUUUGUGAAAGAGGCAAUCAUGAAGGUCCUCAACCUAGUCCUCAUGUUUUCUGACCGCUGGCAGGCAGGCUUUGGAGCCUGGAAGGUUGAGUCCAUUGAUAAGAUGGAGUCUGAUUUCAAAAACUGUCACAUGUUCUUGGUGACGAUACUCAACAAGGCUGUCUGCAGGGGGUCCUUCCCCCAUUUGGAGUCCCUGGCCUUGUCUCUGAUGGCUGGCUUUGAGCAGUGCUGAGGACGGGCUGCAGACAUGUGGCGUGUGCUCUCACCUUCAUCUGCACCUUCUGCAGACCCAAGAGCCAUGUGCAGGUUAUGUUUGUGCUCCAUAUUGUCAUCUGAAUACUGCUGUUCCUUGUUGGGUUUUUGUCUCCACUGAGAUUUUUAACAUCACAUGGCAUGAGAUGUCCUUGAUGUAAAAAAAAAAAAAAAAAACAGAAAAGAAUUAACUUACAUUAAAUGAACUUGAAAAACAUGAUGAUGAUGUGGCUACAAUGACUCCCCAAUCACGGUGGCUUCUCUUGAGACAAUGAAGGCAAUACAGGUACAGGGGGGCCAGGAAAUGUACAUGUAUAUAUGUGUAUAUAGAAUAAAUUUGUCUGUUUGUAUUUGCUGCUGACUAUGUCCGAAGCUGAAUUGUUUUAUGUGCUAAAUUUAGCAAGAAGAUAAGUUGUUGGUGCAAAAUAAA